AUGCCAAAGUCGAUUCGUCGCGGAACUGGAAAGAAAAGUGGAAAUCCCACAAAAUCGAAAAAAGGUGGGAAAAGCAAAAGAGCCGGUGGAAAUAAAAAAUCCACCAGGGUUUUGAAAUCCGGACCGGUGCGAGUGUUCAGUCAAAGAACAAAAACUGGAAGUAAGAGAACUUCGAAAAAAGCUGGAAAACGAAGAGCAAAGAAAACGGUGGUUGCGGCAGCUGCGGCUCCGGCUCCGGCUCCGGCUCAAGUGAGCCCUGAACAUCCGGACAGAGUUCAGAAUGUUCAAGGGAAUGUGGCGAAUUCGAGAGACGGGGAAAAUGGGACUGGAUAUGAUCCUCGAGUUGAAAUGGGCAAACGAAUUCGAGCCACUAAUUUGUUGGCGCGCAAUUCGCCGGUAAGUUGAUUUUCAUUUUUUGGUUUCAGAAAAAAAAUGUCAUUUUUUUCAGAGAAUUCCAUUCCUUUUGAACCCAACACAGUCGGGGUCCGAAGAAGAGGAUGUUGCUGAAGAUCUUGGGAAUUUGAGAUUGGUUGGAGCAGAAGAAGGCAAUGCUGGCAAUCGCGGAAAUAUUGGGGCUGGUGUUAUUGAAUUGAAUGAGAAUUCGGAAGUUGGAGCAGAACGAAAUGAAGGAAAUGGAGCAAAUCCAGGAGCACAGGUUGCAAAUGUAGUUGAAAGAAAUGAGGAAAAUGGAGCAGAACAAGGAGUACCAGUUGGAAAUGUAGUUGCAAGAAAUGAGGGAAAUGGAGCCGAAGGUGGAGCACAAGUUGAAGCGGAAAAUGUCGAAACUGCUGAGACUGGUGGUGAAACGGAUGGAGAAGAGGUUGUUGCUGAAAAUGGGAAAACAAAGAAAAAGAAGAAGGAUUUUGGAUUGGUGGUGAGUUGUAAUUAUUCGAGAAUUUUCUCAAAAUAAUGUUUGUUACAGAAAACUCGAAGCGGGACGAAAUUGGCGCAUGGCAAAACUUAUUACUGGAAAAAAAUAUCACCAGCAAAACCAGAAGAGAAGACAAAGAAUCGAGAAGUGAAGGGAUUAGCUGAUUUUGAUAACAACUGGAGAGGUGAUGGAUAUGGUAAGAAGUAUGAAGACGAUGAAGCGCCGAAAACUGGACAAUGUGACGAGGAAUCAGCUGCAAGUUCUGGAGCACCAUCGCCAGUUGUUCAAGAGAUGAAUAUUGAUUUGGAGGAGGAAGAGAGAAGAAACUGA